CCACCGUAGAAAUCCACGGCUCUCCUUUCCAUGUCCCACCCCCACUUAAAUACCCACACCCUCCCAUUCUCUUCCCGAUCAAACCUCUCUCUCUCUCUCUCUCUCUCUUUCUCUCAAUCAACCAUAGCUGUAGUAGCUUUCACUAGUACUUGAUUGUAGUGGCCAUGAGGAUGAGCUGCAACGGUUGUAGGGUUCUACGCAAGGGCUGCAGUGAAAACUGCAGCAUACGGCCCUGCCUACAAUGGAUAAAGAACCCUGAAUCUCAAGCCAAUGCCACUGUAUUUCUAGCCAAGUUCUAUGGCCGUGCUGGACUCAUGAACCUUAUCAACGCCGGCCCAGAGCACCUUCGACCUGCUAUUUUCAGGUCCUUGUUAUAUGAAGCCUGUGGACGAAUCGUAAACCCGAUCUACGGCUCGGUCGGCUUGCUCUGGUCUGGAAGCUGGCAGCUUUGCCAAGCCGCUGUCGAAGCCGUUCUCAAAGGCGCGCCGAUCAUGCCAAUACCUUCCGAGACAGCUGCAAGCCCCAGCCCUCCAAUGAAAGCGUACGAUAUCCGACACGUGUCCAAGGAAGAGACCUCCGCGACUCAGGAUCUGCACAAGGUGAAGACUCGGAGCCGGUUCAAGCGCUCGGCUAAGCCAAAGCCAAAAGUGGACUUGGUAUCCGACGCGGCUGACGACGAAAACCCCGACUCGACUCCCGUCUGUAAUCUGAGGUGGCGCCGUUGUUACCCUGACGACAUGGACCGAGUCGGCUGUCACGACUCGUCCUCGAGUCAGCACUCGGAGCCGAACGCGGAUGGCGAUAGCCGAGAGACAGAGAGCAUGUUUUCGGUCGAAACGGUCGAGGCUUCUCUAGUGAGCCGGGCCGAGCAGGAGCCGGUCGGACUGCAGGAUAGCCGAGCCGAUGACGGGGAUGUUGAGCUGGAACUGACGCUUGGGUUCGAGCCGGUGUCUCAUGUCAGCCGCACUCAUGCCGCGCGACACGUGACAAUGCAUGGCGAGAUGGACGGCUGUGGUGCUGACACGUGUAAGGUCGAGCUGGGCCUGGAUCUGCCGGCGUGAUUUUGCCGUAAGAGACGGGAAAAGCAGUUUUGGCGGUGUUGGGAUUUGUUUUCUAGCAAUCACAAUAAGCCCUUUUUUGUAAUUUCUCUCCUGUUUUAGUCUCUUUUUAGUGUUUUUUUUUUUUUUUUGAUAUUGUGUAAACGUUUAAAUAUAUAAUAUAGAGAUAUAUGUAUACGUUUAUGUGAA